UGUGGAGAGAGUGUGAGAGAAGCUAGCAAAAAAAACAAAAAAACACUGAGUGUGCAGCAGAGGCUAUUUAAGGUGGGUUUUAUUCAGACAACAAAGGUUUACUCCUACUUUACACAUAUGCAAACUUAGCGAAAGCCAUUCAAUCACAAAAACAAGAAGAGGUCUAUUAAAAAUGUAAAUAUUCACUUACACCAACAGGCUGCCUCUCCCCCCAGUUAAAUCUAAAUGUUUUUCUCCUAUAGAAUCUGCAGAUAUCUCCUCCAUCCUCUCCUCCUGAGCUGCUGCGCCAUCUAAAACCAUCCCAAACUUUCUAAACUGGGGAUUUUCAGGCUCUGUCACAGUUUAUAAGAUUAAUGAUCUGUGUGGUGUAAACAGUAUUUUUUUUUCUAAGGGAGCCAUAUUGUAAACGGUGGUGGCCAGCCUAAUGUUAACAGUCAUUACAUCACCCAGAGGACCGAAAUGUGUCCGAGGGAUGCGCUAUUGUUUGUGCGUAACGCGGGGCCGGGAUGCGCCUACCCGCCGCCCACACAGCGCACAUGGCGAGCGACGGCCUUCGUGUUUUUUCUCCCCGGACUUUACCCCCCGUGAGGACUAAACAAUAGCAGCUAUCCUGCGAUAAAGCCCCUCUCUGCCACAGAAAAUAAUAAUGCUGCUUCCCACAGCCGUCACUGCCGUCAGGCCCAGGCUCCCAAUUGGUUGUCUUGGGUCACGUGACCAGGAAUUGGCUGCAAUUUCGCCCCAUAGUUCUUCAGUUUAGCCUACCCAGGUCCCCAUACGCUAGUAAUAUCACCAAUAUACAAUUAUUAAAUAGCCACCGCAUUUACGCCAUUGCGGUCGGGAGCCUUACACGCUCGUGGUUUUUUUUUUUUUCAUUUAUUUUUGUACAAAGCCAUAUUGUAUUGUGAGCGUGUGCGGUGUGUUGCAUGUGUGAAUGUUUUUUUUUAUUUUGGGGAAGGGAUUGUUUCGGGGGUCUCGCCGUUUGAGGUAGAAGCCGGUUUGAGGGAGCAAUGAAUUUUGAAUUUGAGAGGGAGAUCGGUUUUAUAAACAGCCAGCCGUCCCUAGCAGAGUGCCUGACGUCCUUCCCCGCCGUCCUGGAGUCAUUUCAAACUUCAUCAAUCAAGGAGUCGACAGUAAUUCCGCCUCCCUUUGAGCACACCAUCCCCAGCCUCAGCCCCUGCACAGCCAGCCAGCCGAGACCGACUGCUAGGAGCCAGCAGAACCGGAGGACCUCCGUCACUAAUGGCCUCCAGACGCAGCACCGAGCCGCCCAGCAGCCCUGCCCGCCCGGCCAGGCCCCUGCCCCGGCAUUCGCCAACUCGGCCGGUCCGCUGGCCCACGAGUUCCCCUGGAUGAAGGAGAAGAAGUCAUCCAAGAAGUCCCCCAAGCCUGGGAGCAGCUCCAGCGGUGGCGUAUCCAUCAUCCCCCCUGCCUCUUCCUCCCCGUCGCCGACCGCCUCCGGGUACGCUUCGGCGGGCAUCGAGUCACCCACAGACCCGAGCCAGGCGGGUCUGGAUGGUGGAGCUGGGUCCCGCCGGCUGCGCACCGCCUACACCAACACCCAGCUGCUGGAGCUGGAGAAGGAGUUCCACUUCAACAAGUACCUAUGCCGGCCCAGAAGGGUGGAAAUCGCCGCGCUUUUGGACCUCACCGAGCGGCAGGUCAAAGUUUGGUUCCAGAACCGGCGCAUGAAACACAAGCGCCAGACUACGCACCACCGGGACGGAGGGGGGCAUGAAUCCAGCGACCCAGGCGGGUUUGAGCCGCUCGAAGGCGCCGAUGCCUCCUCCCCGUACUCGAGCCAGCCGCUGGAAGCAUCUGGCACCGGGGAGGCUACAUCGGACGUAGAGGCUGGGAGCUGCAAUCCAUCUUCGGCCGCCUACGCGAAUGACAGCACGGAUAAUGCACCCACGUCGGAGGAGGAAGGCCGAUUGAGCUGCCCUGAACCGCUUCCAGGGCCCUCUGGCUCCUCUGACUCCCCUCCUGCACCUCAGAACUCUGCGGAUAUCCCGGGCCUGAUGCAUCUUAGCGAGUCCGGGCCAGCAGUGCCAGAUCCGUCCUUCUCUGAGCAGCCGGACUCCUCCACUGCUCCUCCUGCCGCGUCCUCAUCAUCAUCGGUGCUCCCCGACCUCACCUUCUUCGCCGGGGACUCCUGCCUGUCUCCCAGCCUGCAGAGCUCCCUGGAUAGCCCGGUGGAUUUCUCCGAGGAGGACUUUGAUUUGUUCACAAGCACACUGUGCACCAUAGAUCUGCACAACCUCAACUUCUGAGAUAAAUAAAACAAAACUAAUAAUAGAGGAGGACGGGUGAACAAUCGAGCGGAGGCGACGGCUGUUUAAAAAGCAUUAAAGCUUCUCGGCAACAUUCCUGAAACAUUGCUGAAUGAAUUUAUGUUCUUUACAAAAUAUCUGUUCGUCUUUUUUUGCUGGUGUUAUUUUGCGGCUAUAAUAUAGAGUUAAUUUAAUUUUUAAUCAUCCAAGGAAAAUGUUUAUUUUUGUUUUUUCCACGAUCGAAAAGUUGUGGAUUUGUUCUCUCCCCUUCUUCAGGUAUUUAUUGCCUUCAUUUUUCCCCGUUUUUAUGGAUUUUUUCUUCUCGUGCAUUUUGGUGCAGCUUCAUGGAUUCUUAAUAACUUCUCAGGAACUGUUCGAUGCAGAAAGCUGGACUGCUUUUACACAAUCUCAACUCCAGAGAAGCCCUGCUGAUGACCCGAGUUUUAGACCCUAGUUUAUUUAUUGAGAUUCUUUAAUAGUGAAAAUCCAAAUUAUUUAUUGUACAUAUAUUUUCAUAGUGGAAUAAUAAUAAUAAAAACACACAAACAUUUA